CUCACCACAACUAUAUUCUCAAACUAGGCCAUGGAGAUCAAGGAUUGGGAAACUACAGAUGUAGUUAUUUGUGGCUGUGGCCCAACCGGGGCCAUGCUAUCGGCUUACUUGGGUCAGAUGUCCGUCCCGAAUGUAGUGCUAGAGCGAGACGUUGAUAUCACUACCGAUCCUCGUGGAAUCGCUCUGGAUGAGGAUGGCAUUCGCUUUCUCCAGGGAGUUGGUAUAUAUGAUUCAAUUUUUAGUGAAAUCGGCAGUUGCAUGGGUAGGUUCAACUUUAUCGGCGGAACAGAGCCGGUCUUAGAGAAAAACCCAAUUCUCGCUUUGGAUUAUAGCACGACGACCGGAGGAACAGGUCAUAUCGGCUUUCUUUGUCACAAACAACCUACACUCGAAGAGAACUUACGAAAGGCUAUGUCACAUAGCACAUUCUGCACUCUGAGAUCCGAGUCAACCGUCUAUGAAUUGUGGGAAGAUGAGCAGUGGAUCUACUGCAAGUAUCGAGAUGCAAGGGAGGCUGAGCGGAGGAUUCGGGCGCGAUUUUUCGUCGGUGCGGAUGGCAAGACGGGGUUUACACGGAAGCAGUACCUAGAGCCAAAAGGUGUACAUAUGGAGAAAGUCACAGAGGAAUUUUAUCAGGAGACUUGGGUAGCGCUAAACUGGCAAAUCACAUUACCCAUACCCGAGUCGCACCCCGAGUUUCCAUUGUGGACGUUGGGAUAUACUCCGGAACAAGUGUAUGAUCUUUUCUUUCCAUAUGAAUUCCGGUUUCUCUGCAAUCCUAAUCGCCCUGCCGUAUGCGGACGGUUCGGCCUUCAAACAGACCGGCUAUGGAGAUUCGAAUUUGUCGUUCGUCCAGGAGAGGACGGCUACGAGAUGGCGAAACCCGAAUCACUAAAGAAGAUUGUUUUUCCCUAUGUGACACACCAAGGAAGCCGAUAUGGUCUCGCGCAUGAUGUGCAAUUCCCCGAGGAUUGUAUACAUGUGAUCCGAUCGCGCCCGUUUACCUUUUCCGCACGCAGCUGCAAUGCCUGGGCCAAAGAUCGUGUUAUUCUUUGUGGUGAUGCUGCGCAUGUAUUUCCCCCUUUCGGAGGACAAGGGAUUGCGUCCGGAUUUCGCGAUGCCAUUUCACUAGCAUGGCGACUCGCUCUGCUAUGUCGACAUCAUCCAGCCACCUCCAGAUUCCACGAACAAGUCCUGGCUGCGUGGUAUGAGGAACGAAAGCAGCAACUUGAGAAGUCUCUGGCUACGACAAUCGCGAAUGGGAAGUUUGUGUGCGAAGCCAAUUUCGGCAAAAUCUUCAUACGGGACUGGUAUCUCUGGCUGCUCCAGUUAUUUCCCAGCUGGAAACGCCAUCUCCAAUCGGGACGACGAAAGGACGGGUUGAUCCGAUACGUACACUCUGAAGGGAUGCCUUUCAUGCCGGAGCUCAACGGAGGCCUGAGCCUGCCUCAAGUAUUCUGCAAGGAUAUGACUGGAAAAGUGCUUUUCACCGACGAUGUCAUCUUCAAAUGCAAGCAAAAGAGUAUCUUCCGACUAUUCGUUUAUCUGCUCAGCGAUGAGGAGAUACCGCUCACUCGGACUGUGUUGCGGGAAGUGGAGGAGCUAUCACAGGGCGAAUUUGCUACCAACCAAGUUCCCUUUGUCAUUGAAAAUAUCACCAAGCCCGGAGCUGAGGAUGACAGGAACCUAUUUCAGAUCGCUAGCGCCGAAGAGUUUGCCCGGUCACCUCUCUGCCGUGGUCGCCCCGAGCCCACCUAUUAUGAACCAUUCCUGAUUCGCACGGUGGUGUGCGCAAAGUAUAUUAUCGUGCGUCCAGAUCGAGUUGUCUUUGCGGCAUGUGAAGACGAGCAAAGUCUGAAGACGGCUAUUGGUUGUAUGAAGGACAUCUUGCGUGCUAGUUCGUAUAUAUUGACUGCGUAGAUGUUGAUUGUUGCUUGUUUCACAUCACAGUCCUGAUGUUAUUCGGCCGAGCAUGACUGUAUUCUUCAAUUAUAUAACACCUUCCGGUAAAGCUCAGCUCUCCUUCAAUUCCGUGGUUCGGUAUUUCAGGCGCAUGUGUUGGAUUACGAGCCUUGGCGCAAGCUUCUUGUCCCUUCAAGCCAUAUCAAGCUAGGAUUGUAAAACACCAUGACUAAUUUGUAGCGUCGUUCGAGCUCGGAUAUAACCAGGAGUUAUGAAACAGCCCGGGGCCGUAACCCUGAGUGGAGCUGUUCUUAGGCACUUGACAGAAGAGUGGAGUGUACUACGAACAUGGCAGCUAUCUAGAAACACAGAUUGGUUCCAUCCUUAAUCACUUCGUGUGUGUGUCACACUGAUGUCUAACUGACCGGUUACCUGCAUGUUGG